ACUUUUGAUCCUAAUCUUCAAGACGUGUCACUACAAGUGGGAAUCAGUACUUUCUCCAGACAUCCUUAUAAUGAGUUUCGGGAAACUUCGUGGCCGUUGGAUAAGUCGUGGCAAUGGAUGAACGAUAAUAUGUCUUCCCUUUGCGGUCAACCCUUUCGAAGAGAUUCGUUGACUAGUUUUCGCAGAAGUAGUUUCGUUGAGUCAAUGAAAAGCGAUGUGACGACUGUCGAGGACUUGAUUACACUACAGGCGCCCGAACUCUGUGUUCAAAAAGUUCACAAUUUGUCACAAAAGAUGUCAAACAACGGAAGCGUUGAGAAUAAAGAAUUUCACGAAAGAUAUGAUAAUUUGGCGGCUCUUAUGAAUAACAGGGAAAGUGUUAAACAAGAAAGUUCGCCGGACGAGCACUUUCGACAUAUUCAGUUUAGUCCUGAAAAUGAAGAAAAUAGUUUCCCAUUGAAUAGAGAGCUCGUGAAUAAUGGUUGCGAAAACGAGUCGUCGAUAACGAGUCUAUCGGACAGUCGCCGGACGAGCACUUUCGACAUCACGGAAGUCAGUUCUAUCGCCGAAAUGCGUUCAAACGCUUCUUAUGCCGAACACAGAGAGUCGACGGCCAGCGAUAGACUCACUGUUUUGGAGACCAACGAUUGCGGCAUUGGUUUAAACAUUUGUAACUAUAUAUUCAAAUUGUCGGCCGAAGGGGACAACACUUUCGCCAAAGCUGUCGAUCACUUCAUUCAAUGCACACAAGAAACUAACGAAACGAAUCCUAUUAUAGUGUUGCGAAACAUUAGGCAAUUCAUGAAUGGGAUGAAGAACUAUCUGGUAAAACACGGUGAGGGAGAGCUCAACCAAAUGGUCGAACGGGAGAGGACUAAACUUAAGUCUAACGAGUUCUUGAACAUAGACGCCAUAUUGGAGAGCGCUUUGCAUCGACUCGUCAUUAAGCCGUUGAAGAAUUUUUUAUACCAACUCUUCAUCAAUGAAUACAACCGAAACGGUUCGCUAAAAGUGUUGUCGCGAAACAUAAAAGAGGCGCAAACCAAGAGUCCGGAAGAGUUGGGCGUUCGGCCGGAACUGUUGCCCAUCGAUCACAAAGUGAUGGCAGAGAUUCAGAAGCAUUUAUGUCGUUUGCAACAGUCGUAUUCACCCCUCAAAAAGUUGGAGUAUUUAUUGUCAAGUAUUUCAUGCAUUUAUAACAGCGUUCGUCAGCACCAGAAGAAGCGCAACACUAAUGACUCUUCCGGUCACCAGAAGAGCGAAUACGCGUCGUUCGGCGCCGACCACUUCCUCCCUAUCUUUAUA